UUCUCGGCAUUCGUCUCAUUCUUGCAUAUUGCAGCUUGGGAUCAAGCCAGUCGACGCCAGCAUCGAUGUCGACCUUCGGUGAGCAGUCCAUGGGCGCGCUCGUCUGGGUGCCCCAUGACAACGAGGUCUGGAAGAAGGCCCAGGUCGUCGAGAAGCCGACCGAGACGACGGUCACCGUCCGCCUCAUCGCCGACAGCGACGACUACGACCCGGAAGACGGCGUCGUCAAGACCUUUGACGUGCGCGAGAUCGCCAAGCUCGCGGGCGAGGUCUCGGCCACCGCGAUGCCUAUCUGCAACACCUUUGAGAAGCUCGGCGUCGAGGACAUGUGCACGCUCAACCACCUGCACGAGCCGGCGGUCCUGAAGAACCUGCAAUUGCGCCACGCGCAGAGCAUCCCGUACACAUACACGGGCCAGAUCUGCAUUGCUGUCAACCCGUACAAGUGGCUAGACCUCUACGGCGAGGACCUCUACCAAAAGUACUUGAACCAGCCGCGGGCCGAGCUUGCGCCGCACCCGUUUGCGCUCUCCGCCACCUCGUACCUCGACAUGCGCAAGCACCGCAUCGAGCAGAGCAUCCUCGUGAGCGGUGAGUCGGGUGCUGGCAAGACCGAGACGGUCAAGAUCAUGAUGCACCACUUGGCGUCCGUCUCUGGCGGCGGCGAGAAGGGCUCGACCGUCAUCGACCAAGUGCUCAAGUCCAACCCGCUCCUCGAAGCCUUUGGUAACGCCAAGACGAAGCGCAACGACAACAGUUCGCGCUUUGGCAAGUUUGCGCAGCUGCAGUUUGAUACGAGCGGGUACCUCAUUGGCGCGCGCUGCGAGACGUACUUGCUCGAGAAGAGCCGCGUCGUGGGCCAGACCGAGGGCGAGCGCAACUACCACAUCUUCUACCAAGUGUUUUCGCUGGCCUCGGAGCUCAAGAAGACGCUCUUCCUCGAGGGCAACGUCGCCGACUACAAAUUUGUCAAGGUCGGUGCGGGCUCGCGCGUCGACAACACGGACGACUCGGUGUUUCUCCAAGAGACGAAGGAUGCCAUGGACACGAUCGGGAUCGACGACCGCGAGCAGCACGGUAUCUUUGAGAUCGUCUCGGCCAUCUUGAACCUCGGCGAGGUCGCGUUCACGGCGGUCAACGCCGAGAGCAGCCAAGUCUCAACGUCCGAGAACCUCGCCGCCGUCGCGGCGCUUCUCAAGACGGCGCCGGAAGCGCUCACCAAGACGCUCUGCCAGCGCACCAUGACGACGCGUGGCGAGACGUUCACGAUCCCGCUCAAGGUCGACCAGGCCUUUGACCUCCGCGACGCGUUCGCCAAGGGUAUUUAUUCGCGCCUCUUCGACUGGCUCGUCGGGCGCAUCAACCGGGCCAUUUGCUCGACCAAGAACGUCUCGUCGCACAUUGGUCUCCUCGACAUCUUUGGCUUCGAGUCGUUUGACCACAACGGCUUUGAGCAGCUCUGCAUCAACUACGCCAACGAGAAGCUCCAGCAAAAGUUCAACAGCGACAUCUUCAAGACCGUCCAGGCCGAGUACAUUGAAGAGGGCAUCCCGUUGGACUUGGUGACCUUCGAGGACAACCAGCCGAUCCUCGACCUCAUCGAAGGCAAGCUCGGCAUCGUCGACAUGCUCAACGAGACGGGUCUCCAGCCCAAGGGCGACGACCGCAUGUUUGUCAACAAGGUCAACGAGUCGUUCGCGGACCACAAGAACUAUGAGAAGAUCCGCACCAACCCGAUGCAGUUCAAAAUCCUCCACUACGCCGGCGACGUGACGUACGACGGCACCAAGUUCCUCGACAAGAACAAGGACACGCUGCCCGCGGACCUCAUGGAGCUCCUCGCGUCGAGCCAGUCGUCGUUCAUCCGCGACGUCUUCCCUGAGCUCGCCAAGGGCGGCGUCUCCAAGGACAAGAAUGCCAAGCCGCCGUCGCGCCGCCAGGGCUUCCUCGUCGGCAACACGAUCGCGGGCUCGUUCCGCAAGCAGCUCGGCGAGCUCAUGGACCAGAUCGCCAAGACGUCGACGCAGUACGUCCGCUGCAUCAAGCCCAACGCCAACAAGAGCGCGACCAAGUUUGACCGGCACAUGGUCGUCGAUCAGCUCCGGUGCGCCGGCGUCAUUGCCGCGAUUCGCAUCAGUCGCGCGGCGUUCCCGAACCGCCUCUCGCUCAAGGAGUUUACGUCUCGCUUUGCCAUCAUUUGCCCGUCCAAGCUCCGGUCGGCGCCGCCCGAGGCCAUGGUCCACGGCCUCCUCGAGAUCCUCGGCAUCUCCGAGUCCUCGUCUCGCAACGCGCGCUUUGCGAUCGGCCGCACCAAGGUCUACUUCUCGUCCGGUCUCUUGCAACAGCUCGAGGACCGGCGGAACGAGCUUCUUCGCAGCUUUGCACUCUGCCUCCAGCGCAACCUGCGCAUGUACGCAGCCCGCGCCCGCUACCGCCGAGUCCGCGCCGCCGUCAUCGUGCUCCAAGCCCACCUCACGGCGUAUGUCGCUGGCGUGCGCGCGCGGCGUGAAUUCCUCGCGCUUCGCACUGGGGUUUUGGGUGCACAAGCGCGGUGGCGCGGGCUCGUCCAGCGUCGCGCAUUCCGCGUCCUUCUCGUUGCUGAGCGCCAGCGCAAGGAGGCCGAGCGACUUCGGAUCUUGGCUGAGGCCGAGGCGCAGGCGCAACUCGAGCGCGCCGCCAAGCUCCAAGCCGCAUCGGCCUCGCCGGCCAAGACGAUGGCGUGGGAAGACGACGAAGACGAAGUACCAGCGUCUCCGCGACCGACUUACCACGAGUCGCUUAUCGAGAAGAGCUCGCAUGCUGAGCUACUGGCGCGUGUGGGCCAAGCAGAGGCGCUUGCACUGGAAGCGCGCGAGGCUGCGGAGGGCGCGAUGGCGCUCAACGAGUUCCUUCAGAAGGAGAACCAGGAGCUCAAGGCCAAACUCGCUCAAAACGUGCACGAGUACGCCGACGCAGAGCUCAAGGACGACAACGACCGGCUCAAGCGCGAGCUCAUGCAACUGCAGAGCAAGGUCGCGCGCAGCGAAGAAGUGUCGUUGAUGUCGGCCAGGGUGGUUGACAGCCGCAUUACCUUUCGCGAAGGCCGGCAGUUUGUCGAGUACAAGCUCCAGAUCGAGACCAACAACCGAGGCACGCUGUACGUGUGGCACCGCUACUCGACGUUCCGAAACCUCGCGACGACGCUCCAGACCAAGAACGGGUACCGCCGCAAGGACAUUCCGGACCUCCCGAACAAGCAGCUCUUUGCGUCGCUCUCGGAGAAGAUCGUCCAGGAGCGCAUCCAAAAGCUCAACGAGUUCCUCGAAGCCGCGACCAACACCGACUACCUCCAGUGGGGCAUUCGCGUCGACCAAGACACGUGCGUCUACAAGCGCCGGACGCGGUCGUCGUCGGGCUCGACCGACUCGAUGCGGGCCGACAUGCGCGAGUCGAUGGUGUCGACGAUUGCGUCGUCGGACGCCAGCCACUCGCCGCGCAGCUCGAGCCGCGAAUCCUUCUCGAUCCGCGAGUCCUUCUUCGGUCGCCGGAAGCACUCGUAAGCAGCUCCUUCAGUCGUUGUCGUCCUGUCGUAGCUACCGUCCUAAUAUAUAAUCUCAUUCUCCUGCGCCCCACACUCCGAGAAUGAGCUCUGUGCAUGAUCGGUGGUCAAAGCGCCCAAAUCUGGAGGGACGC